AUGACAGAAGUUAUUACUGGAGAUAUGGUACUUCUUGGUCUCCCGUUUGGACAAGAAAUUGACAUAUGGUCUCUUGGCUGCAUCUUAGCUGAGCUUUACCUAGGGAAGCCCCUAUUCUGGGCCAAGCAGAAGAAAGAGCUUUUGAGCCAGAUGACAUCACUGUUUGGUCCACUCCCAACUAAAGUCUACCAGAGGGCCAAGUUCUUCACUCAAUUCAAGGAAGCAGUCGGACAACCCCUGUCAUUCAUGGAUCGUUUCUCUAAGUUUGGAAGCAAGUUAGACUGCAAUGAUUUUAAGUUUGUUUCUUUUCUGCAAGGCAUGUUGACCUUUGACCCAAGUGAGCGUAUGUCUGUAUCGGAAGCUAUUCAACAUCCAUUCAUGGGACCUGAGUUAGCCAUCAGAUAUGUACUUCCAUUCAAAAUAAAUGGUAAGAUUAUAUGUCUGUAUUGUUUGUUUUCUUCCAAGAUCAAUGUCUUAGAAGUCAAUAAAACCCUUGAAACCAUAUUGUAAAUAACAAAUUAAAGGAACAGAUCAAUCAAAGUUUGAGAAAAAUCCAGUAAGUAAUAUGAAAGUUAUGAUAAUGUGAAUGUUAAGCUAUGGACAUUCUCCUGAUUCAGCCAAUAUUUAGGGAAUAUUGGAUCAUGGACCUAUUACAAAUGGACAUUCAACGAGAGCAUUUUACGGCCACCACCUGUUUCCAGCUGUCAAAAUUGCUGUCACACAGUUAACUUUCUCUUUGCGUUUUUUUAGACGAGCGCCCGGGGCGGUUGUUUACUCAAUCCCUUCUCGGACCAUGACAGUCACCGCUCGAUCUCUGGCCCUCUUUUGACCAGAUGCAGUCAUGUAAGCUCGAUUGCUGCGAUCAGGGAAAGUCCCUGCAUUACCUAUAAUGCAAUGCGCAAUUUAUUUCUGGUUUUCAAUACAUUUUUUCAUGCUGUCAAUAUUAUGCAAUUGUCGUCUGAUCAUCAGAAAAAAAUCCUAUUAAAUUUCGCCAAUCCUCUAGAAUUUUACGCCUUAAUGAAAAUCAACUUCUGACCGAAGGUAAGCGCGACUAUCGACAUCAAUACUGUCUGAAAAAUAUGCAUUUUUAUGUUUUUCCGCACAUUUCUCCGUCGAAUUUUAACUGCUUUUUUGCUGUAGAUAUACUGAUCUGCACGGUGAUGUCAAUGCAUUUUGUGAGCGGUUGUUAGCGAUGUACGUAAAAAAUAUGUUUAUGCAUGCCUGUUUUCUUGUUUUUCUGCAAUCAUUUUCAUAGCGCUAACGUUCGCUGCUGUGUGUUGCUUUUGAUAAAGUGAACGAACAACAUCGCAAUGUGUAGGAGCAGCGCACAAUUGAUUUCCGCUGUCCAUCAUUGACCGUGUUUUACGAGCGGCUUGAAGGGCGUCAGCUGCCAGCACUCUGUUUAUAAAAGGAUUAGCGGUGACGGUCUUCGGCUGAAAGGAGGGGAUUCAUUGAUUGUCCAUUUGUAAUAGGUCCAUGAUUGGAUGGCCUUGAAAGGGAUGCGUACAAAUAUUGUAUUAUUGUACAAUCCAAUAUUGUUCUUCAGCGAGUAACAAUAUUUCUACGCAUCCCACGAAAAUUGGUCAUCCAAUAUUAUUAAUAUUAUUUAGAUGCCCCCACAAAGCUAAACAUAGAUUAAAAAAGCAAAAACAUUGUUUUUGCUCACCAUUUUAUGUCAAUCCUGUAAAUCAUGAGCAUGGCAAUGACUGAGUAUUGUCAUUUUUUAAAGAAAUCUCUGUAAAGAUGCGCUCGCGUAUAGUGCAAGCGCAUUUUUAAUUAAUAAAUUGAUGCAAUCUCGCUCCUUUUCCACACCUGGCAGCUAAUACGCAAUGCGCGAUAGCUCAGUUGGUAGAGCGGGGGACUCGUAUUCCGGUGACCCGGGUUCGAUUCCCACUUGGUGCGCUAGUGCCCUUUGGUAAGGCAUUAAUCCUCAGUACCAGGUCCUUCGGAGGGGACCUUAAGCCGUCGGUCCUCUGGUUGCUUGCUUACAAGCAUUCAUGCUUUCUUAGCAAUCAGGUAAAAAAAUCACCACCAAUAUUACUUUGCAAUAGCUUCAUGUGCACAAUCAUUCAUUAACUAAUGAUAAUCUUAUGGGCGGGGCAAAAUAUUAAUUUAAUCCAAUAUGGAAAAUAUUGGAUGGUUUUCAUAGGCCUACACAUUAAAAAUCAGUUUUAAUAUUUUGUCUUGAAACAACCUGGCAAGACAUCAAAAAAUAUCUGCGCCUCUAAAACCCUACAUCUAAAUAACAAUAUGUGAUGCCACACAUGAACAAAUUUCCAUUCUCCUUGUGUACGUAAUUCACUUUAAAUCAACAGUUUUAUAAAGUAUCCAUACAUCAGGGACAUUUCUGAGUUGUGAUGAAUUUGAAUCAAACUUGUAUUGCUGUUGAUUUAUAUUUUUGUAUUUAAGAGACAGGUAUAAGAUCUAUCGCAAUGUAGUUGUUUCAUAAAGUAUGUAAUGGACAGUGGCAAGGGGAGAGAGUCUUUCGUGGGGAGAUUUCCAUAAAAUUUCUUAAUGCUUGUCAAAUAGUUCUCAAACUUUGAUUGCUCUUAAUCUUGGAUUUUUCUAUUUUCACACAAGUUAACUUGUUUCAAGGGUUCAAUUUUCUUUUUAACCACUAUUCAUUCUUUCUUUCUCUUCUUUCUUUCAUUCAUUAUCAUCUGUCUGUCUAUCUAUCCUCAUCCUCUCCAUCCCAUCAUUUCUUUUUAUUUGUAUCUUCUUGAUACCUUUUCAUUGUCUUUUCCCCAUUCUUGUACUUUCCCACCUUUUGUCACUUUUUGAAGCUGUUAUUAAUUCUUUAUAGUUGUUUACACUUUUGUGCAUGUUAUUCAUGCCACUGCCCACUACUUGGCUACCCUUCAGAAUACUCAUUUUUGUUGAAUGUGGUAAUUUUAAGGCAAAAAAGUAAAACCCAGAUAUGAACUGCUUAUUUUGUUGUUUACAAUUCUCAUUGUGACAGCAAGUCCUCUAUUUUCUGUUUGCUUUGUUUUUUUUAUUUCAUAUUUACUUGGAACUGUAGCUUGCUUGAAGAAAAGCAUUUAGUUGCAUUUUCAUACAUAUGAUUGUUAGUAUUUUCAUUAAACAAUGAAAUGCUGUUUUUACUAUUUUCUAUUUUUUUGAUCCAGUUUUUUUGUACAUUACUGGUAUAACCAUUGUAUCUUUUUAAUUUUGUGUAUAUGAAUUGUUUGUCAGUCUCAUUCAGAUAUAUUUAUAAGACAGAUCGUGUCACUUAUGGUUAGAAAGAAAAAAGAUUGGCACUAUAUCCUUCAAGU